GGGUGGUUUCUGAAUUACGUCAUUGUUCCGUUGAACGCAGUUCAAGUCGCCGAACCGUCCUAUCUUCUCCCUCUCUUCAAGUUAACGUUGAAGCCACCGGGCAGUGAAUAUUAAAUACCAAAAAUAUGUCUUCUGGAGUUUCUGUGAGCGCAGAGGCUGUUGAUAUGUACAACAAGUUUAGAACAGCUAAGAAGUAUAGGUAUUUAAUUUUCAAAUUCGAUGACAAAUACAAGAGUGUUGUUGUUGACAAAAUGGCAGAAGAGGGCGCCACUCACGAAGACUUUCUACGUGAUGUUCCAAAGAACAGAGUUAGUUACAUAUUCUAUGACGUAGAUUAUAGUUUGGGAGCCGAUGGUAAUCGUAGAGAAACGCUGUUGAUUUCGUUCUCUGAUGACAACCAUGCACCUGGAAAAGAAAAAAUGCUUAUAUCUGGCACUCUGAAUGAAGUCAAAGCGAAAUGUAAGGAAUUCAAAAAGAACACAUCAAUAAACGACUAUGAUGAACUAACAGAAGCAAAUAUUCUUAGCAUUAUACAGUCGAAGUAAAUCAUAAACUGAGAUCUUUUUCAACUUAAUACUAUAAUGCUAGUUUAAGCGGCGAUAAAACUUUUCAACCUUUAUUUUAGAAAAUUUCUUUCCUAUUAAAACAAAAUUUUUAAACUAUAAAAAGACGUAGAACAUGAUUUUAGCUACAAAAGCUGUAUUAUCAGUGCUUUUUUUACAAAAAAAAUGAUCUUUCUGCAAUUUUUUAAUUAUGGAGUUUGUCAUGAAGUAGUUUAUCUAUUGUUAUAACACCUGUAAUUUCUGCAUGUACAUUGAUUCUAAUAUACAUACUUUCACUGAAAUAUCCGUUACUAAGUUAUAUUCGUUA